UGUCUCUCUCUCUCUGUCUCUCUCUCUCUGUCUCUCUCUCUGUGUCUCUCUCUCUGUGUCUCUGUGAAUAGCUAAGAAAGACCAGGAAGACGAGGAGGACAAGAAAACAACCCAGAAGAAGAAGGUGAAAGAGUUGAAGGUGUUGGACUCCAAAUCAUCUCAGAACCUUUCCAUCUUCCUGGGCUCGUUCCGUCUGCCCUACGAGGAGAUCAAGAACAUCAUCCUGGAGAUCAACGAGAAGCUGCUCUCUGAGUCCAUGGUGCAGAAUCUUAUCAAGCAGCUGCCUGAACAGGAGACGCUGAAUGUUCUGGGUGAGAUGAAAGACGAGUAUGAAGACCUGGCAGAGGCCGAGCAGUUUGGAGUCGUGAUGUCGACGGUGAAGCGGCUGAAGCCUCGGCUGACGGCCAUCUUGUUCCGGCUGCAGUUUGAGGAGCAGCUGAACAACAUCAAGCCGGACGUGGUGUCCGUGACGGCGGCCUGCGAGGAGCUGAGGAAGAGCGCCACCUUCUCCCAGCUGCUGCAGAUCAUCCUGCUGGUGGGCAACUACAUGAACGCCGGUUCCCGCAACGCCAAGGCCUUCGGAUUCAGCAUCAGCUACCUCUGCAAGCUGCGGGACACCAAGACAGCUGACCUGAAGCAGACGCUGCUGCACUUCCUGGCUGACGUUUGUCAGGAGCAGUAUCCCGACGUCAUGACCUUCCCAGACGAGCUCAUCCACGUGGAGAAGGCCAGCCGAGUGUCGGCUGAGACUCUGCAGAAGAACUUGGAGCAGAUGGGCCGUGCGCUGAAGAGUCUGGAGAAAGACCUGGAGACCUUCCCUCCUCCACAGAGUGACAGGGACAUGUUCAUAGAAAAAAUGAAUAGCUUCGUGGGCAGUGCCAGAGAGCAGUAUGAGAAGUUGGACAUGAUGCAUAAGAACAUGGAGAAGCAGUACUCCGACCUGGGGGACUACUUUGUGUUCGACCCUCGCAAGAUCUCUGUGGAGGAGUUCUUUGGCGACCUCAACAACUUCAAGAACAUGUUCCAGCAAGCGGUGAAGGAGAAUACAAAGAGGAGGGAGGCGGAGGAGAAGAUCAAGAGAGCAAAGCUGGCCAGAGAGAAGGCUGACAGGGAGAAGGAGGAGAAACAGAAGAGAAGCCAACAACUGGACCUCAACGAAGAGGGUGAUGAGACUGGUAUCAUGGACGGCCUGUUGGAGGCGCUGCAGUCUGGUGCUGCCUUCAAGAGGAAGAGAGGCCCACGACAAGCUGCCAACCGGAGAGCUGGUCAUGCAGUAACGAACAUCCUGGCCAAAGAGUUGAUGAAGGACGACACCCCGCCCUCCUUCAGCAAACCGCUCAAUAAGAAGACCAAGGCAGAAAAGAAGGAGGAGCCUAGCAUCGAGGGGGCGGGGUCACUAGAUGAUCUCUUAGAGGAAAGCCUAUCACGGUCCAGUUAAAAACGGGUAGAAGUUACCCCCUUAGCCACAGAUCUUGGAUCAGCCUACCAUAUCCUAACCUUAACCAUGGGGGCAGGGAUACAGAAACUGAUCUUAGAUCAGUGUCUAGCGGCAACUUCCUCCUACUCCUUCAUAGGACCACGGAUUGGACAGACUGGGUCUGGAGGGGCCAAUGGAUGAGUGCGGGGCUCUCACCUUAACCACACCGCAGGCUGGCUUGCUAUUAGUCGCUUCCACGCUGAGGGAGGACUCUUGCUCUGCCGUAUAAACGUACAGUAUCAAUGGUCAAGCAUCGGCAUCUGCACACAUCCACUGCACUCUGUCUGUCGCGCAUUCAGUCUCUCUUUAAUGAAUUUCUCUCGCACACACUGUCACUAUCUAUCCAUCUACUUUCCUCUCUCUCUGAAGUACGUCUUGAGACAAUCCCACAGACACUUUAUCGGGAGGGAUCCUACAUUUUCCCCCCCCAGGGGGAUAGGAUGGAUUUCCCAAUCCGUCUGGUUGGACUGUCCGACCUAUGUGGAAGCCCUGAUGUUUUAUAGAUCAUGUUUUGCUUUUUCCCAGGUUUGGUUUCAAACCUCUUAAAUGUUGCUCUGUAAUUGUCAAACAUGCUGUAUGUUUGUCUUGCUGUAUGUUUAUAAAAGAAACCAGUGCCAACCAAUACAACUUCAAGUUGCACAUGUCAGCCCUCGUGUUGUCCAAUAGGAGUUUGUGUUGGGUUAGGGUGGACCAAGGGAUAAGCCGAAAGUGUGUGUGUGUGUGUGUGCGUGCGUGCGCGUGUGUUCCUCAUCUCAUUUCCCCGGGUUCUUGCUCUUUAUGUUCUCUCUGAUUCACAGGGAGGAGUCACUAUGUCGGUGAUAAACAGACUAUAGAGCCCUAUUGGCCAUUCUCAAAGAACGUCGCCACAAACAGGAAAUUGUGUGUGUGUGUCCAGAGCUACGUGUGUGUGGAUGUUAGCGGUUGUUUGUGCGUUAAUGGUGCGUGCGUGUGCGAGUUUGUGCUUGGGUACGCUCUGCCGUCUGUAAUUACUGUAUGGGGCUGCCUCUGCCUGCCUGUCUGCCGUCAUCAUAAAUGCUAUAUUUCCUAAACAGCGCUGUGGUCUUUCUGCUGGAGUUACAGCACACUGGAGACCUGCCCAAAACAAAUGCUGAGACGAGUGUAUGUCCCCGAGUGUGUGUGUGUGUGUGUGCGCGCUUGCCCCCUUAGACUGCAACAUCCGUUGCUGAAUAUCUGGCCUUUCCGGUUUUGUAUUUAGUAGCCACAACGUUCGCGUAAUCCAAGGAGAAUGAUGAGCAGUUCUGCCAGUUGACCCAUGCUAUACCAAUCCUUAUGCAAACACGACAUAUCCCUACUGCUGUUCUCAAGUCAGUCACAAACGGUUAGAGCAUCUGCUUGAAUGACUGUGGUUCCCCGUAAGCGCUGAUCAGAGAUUGGUUUGUACAGGUCUCUGGAAUAGAGCCAAGCAACGAGCUGUUGGGCUUUUACCUGCACAACAUGUUGUUAUUAUCAGGAGCUGACAGAUCGUUUCAUGAUAAUAAUCGUUGCUUCCUGCGGUAUAUUUCAAAGGUAUAAAAAGGACAAACGUUACCGCAACGUUGUGUGGAUGAGUCAUGUCAGGUGAUCCUGUCUCUAUUAUUUAAGUGGUCUUUUAAAGGACGUUGAGGAAAGGUUGAAAAAACAUCACUGGAAAAUAAUCACAUUUUCUGGCCUGAUUUUUAUAAUUUUCUAGAAUUCUUUUUUUUUCUCCAUUUUAUAAGAGCUUGUUUUCUAUGUGAAUUUUUACUCUUGUUUUAAUGGAUGUUAAAAGUAGAGGUUCAAGUUGAUUUCCGGAGAUAUCACUGUGGUAAUAUGUAUUAAAUUAUGUUAUUCGUUUGUGCUGUCCGCUACCAUUAAAAUUACUUCAAUAACAA